CCGUAAAUCUCUCUUCAGCGCACGACGCGCCCUUCUGCCUCGGUCCGGCCCCCGUAGUCGACAACUACUCCCAGAUAUGACAGACGCCGCGACAAUCGCUGGCUUGCCAGCUGCGCCGCCGAAGCUAGAGAAGAAGCCCGUCAAGUUCAGCAACUUGCUGUUGGGUGCUGGAUUGAACUUGUUCGAGGUUACAACUUUGGGACAGCCACUUGAGGUGGUGAAGACGACAAUGGCCGCGAACAGAGCCGAUGGCUUUGCAGGAGCUAUUGGCCGCAUCUGGGGCCGUGGUGGUGUCCUUGGGUUUUACCAAGGCCUCAUCCCCUGGGCCUGGAUCGAAGCGUCUACAAAGGGCGCCGUCCUCCUCUUCGUCGCCUCCGAGGCCGAGUUCUACGCCAAGUCGUUCGGCGCCAACAACUUCGUGUCGGGUAUUUCCGGUGGUAUGGUUGGUGGUCUGGCGCAAGCCUACGCGACCAUGGGCUUCUGCACCUGCAUGAAGACGGUCGAGAUCACCAAGCACAAGGUCGCAGCCAGUGGCGUGAAGCCUCCGGGCACCAUGGAGACGUUCAUGGACAUCUGGCGCCGGGAGGGUAUUCGCGGUAUCAACAAGGGAGUCAAUGCAGUCGCGGUCCGCCAGGUCACCAACUGGGGUUCCCGAUUCGGUCUCUCCCGUAUGGCCGAGUCCGGUAUCCGCAAGGCUACCGGCAAGGAAGGCGGCGAGAAGCUCAGCGUCAUCGAGAAGAUCACCGCGUCUGCCGUCGGUGGUGGUCUCAGCGCGUGGAACCAGCCCAUCGAGGUCAUCCGCGUGGAGAUGCAGUCAAAGAAGGAGGACCCCAACCGCCCAAAGAACUUAACCGUCGGAAAGGCCGCAAAGUACAUCUACUCGCAGAACGGCAUGAAGGGAUUGUACCGCGGUGUUGCCCCCCGUAUCGGUCUUGGCGUCUGGCAGACAGUCUGCAUGGUCGCUUUGGGUGAUGUUGCCAAGGAAGCUGUCGAGAAGCUCACGGGCGACAAGGUUACAGCUAAGCACUAGACGGGGUUCCGGUCUUGCUUAUCUAACAAGCUUCUAAUUUGUUGUCUGUUUAUCUGGGGUUAUAGUGGAUUCUGCAACGAUUGUGACAUUUUUAGGAUGCCUC